CUUCGUUGCAGCGAAUUCAAAUCCGACUAAACGAUUUUCUUGUUGACAUAUUAAGACGAAUCUAAAUUCGACUUAAAUCUAUUAUAAAAGGACGUCGUUGGAAUCGUAUUACAACGAAUCUAAAUCAGACUUAAACCCAUCACAAACAACGUCUUCCUAUCACAAACAACGACUUUGUUGAAGAUCUAAAUCAGAUUUAGACUUAUCAUAGACGAUCUCGUCGUGUCAGAGGAUCCAAAUCCGAUAUAAAUACAUAAUAAACUAAUUUUUUAGCCCUAAACAAAAAAAUACUUUUCCCUUUUCUGUUUCUGAGUGCUGCGUCUUCACUUUUUCCCCAGAAAAAAACCUAAUUCCUCAUCAGAAAAAAAAAUUUGAAAAUUCAAUUAUUUUUUGAUGGUGAAAAAAUCAACAAAGGAGGAGGUUCCGCCGGACGAUCUCCGAUGCAGCCGCACCGACGGACGGCAAUGGCGGUGCAAACGGAAAGCGAUGGAAAACGUGAAGUUAUGCGAGGUUCACUAUCUGCAAGGUCGGCAUCGGCAGAACAAAGAGAGGGUACCCGAGUCACUGAAACUUUCAAGGGACAUGAAGGUGAAGAAGAAAAAGAAGAAAAACGACGUCGUUGAAAUUAGGUCAAAGAACAAAAAGAAGAAGAAGAAGAAGAAGCAUGUUGAUGUGCAAUUGGAGUUGAUAAGGAUGGUGUUGGAGAGAGAGGUUGAUAAGAAGAAGAAGAAUGUGAAGAGGAACAACAAUGAGGAAACGGAAUUGCAUUACAGUGAGGCUGAAUUGAGGAAAGAAUUGCCUAAUGGGGUUAUGGAAAUUGCUCCGGUUUCAACACCAUGUGAUGUGGAGUUUCAGAGUAAUGGUAAAACGUUUAUUGCGCCACGUUACUUCAGGUCCAAGAAUGUUGAUAGGAGGGUCCCUUUUGAUAAUUUGCAGGUUUUGAAGAAGUGUGGGAGGAAGAAGUGUCAUUGUUGCCAGAGUAGUGAUUCUGGGAAUCUUAUAAAGUGUUCCAACUGCCAGAAAGAGUUCUUCUGUCUUGAUUGCAUUAAACGAAGGUAUUCCGAGACUCCUAAUGAGGCUAAGAUGGCGUGUCCAGUUUGUCGAGGAUCUUGUACAUGUAAAUAUUGCCGGGCAGGUCUUAGUAAAGACAAUGAAAGUAAGGACCAUUUGGCUGGGAGAAAUAGUGUUGAUAGGAUAUUGCAUUUUCAUUAUUUGAUCUGUAUGCUCCUUCCUGUACUAAAACAAAUAAGUGAGGAGCAGCGUACAGAGCUAGAAACAGAAGCGAAAAAUAAAGGGAAAAAUAUUUCUGAUAUUCUCAUCAAGCAAGUCGAAUUUGGCCGCAAUGAGAAAAAUAACUGCAAUUACUGCAACUCGUCGAUUCUGAAUCUUCAUAGAAGCUGUCUGAGCUGUUCCUACAGUCUAUGCUUAAGAUGUUGCCAGGCAUUGAGUCAGGGAAGCCCUUUUGAGCAUAUAAAUUUGACAACUGAGAUACCUGACAAAAUGGACGCUUGCAUUGAUAACGAAAGUUACCUUUCGGAUGAUAAUACUAUUUCUAGCGAUGAUGUAACUGAUACUUCACUGUUAUCUGAUUGGACUGGUUGUAAUGGUACUACCGACAGUGUAUCAUGUCCUCCUACAGAGCUAGGUGGUUGUGGUAAUACCCACCUUGACUUGAGAUGUGUUUUUCCUUUAAGUUGGAUCGAAGAAAUGGAAACGAAGGCAGAAGAAGUAGUUUGCAGCUAUGAAGUUCCUGAAAUUUUGGAUAAAAAUUCAAGUUGUUCACUUUGUAUUGACACAAAUCAUAAAACCAACAGACAUAAGCAAUCACAAGAAGCGGCUCGAAGAGAAGAUUCUAAUGAUAAUUGCUUAUUUUAUCCCACAGCUUUCACCAUCAGUUCAGAUCAUUUCGAACACUUUCAGAAACACUGGGGAAAAGGCCAUCCUGUAGUAGUCCGAGACGUGCUCCGAAGUACAAAAAACCUCAGUUGGGAUCCUUUGGUCAUGUUCUGUGAUUAUCUUGAGAAGAGCAUUUCAGCAUAUGAGAAUAAUAAGGACUUACUUGAAGCUUGUUUGGAUUGGUGUGAGGUGGAAGUUAACAUUAGACAGCAUUUUACUGGAUCUCUUAGAUGUCGACCUCAGAAAAAUGAUUGUCAUGAGAUGCUGAAAUUAAAUGGAUGGUUAUCUUCCGAACUAUUCAAAAAACAGUUUCCAGAUCAUUUUGCUAAAGUAAUUGAUGCUCUUCCACUUCAAGAAUACAUGAAUCCCAGGUCCGGUCUUCUGAAUUUAGCGGCAUAUAUGCCAGAUGGGAGUGCAAAACAUGACAAAGGACCAUAUGUCCAUAUUUCUUAUGGCUGUACUGACAAGGAAGCUUGUUCCGUGCUAAAUCUCUCAUAUGAACCUUAUGAUGUGGUUGAUAUUAUGGCAUAUACCACAGAUGCUCCUCUCUCUCCAGACCAUCUUACUAAAGUAACUAAGUUAUUGAAAAAGCAUCAAACUCUGUGUCAAAGGGGGUCGCCAAUGAUUAUUACUGAGCAUGUAGAAGACAAAGAACAAAAGGAAACAGAGAGUAUUGCCAUGGAAGGAACCGACUUUUACAGGAGAGUCAAUAGAUCAUCUUACAUUAAUGAAGUCAAAACAAUACCUAGUCGGAGUUUAGAGGAUAAUGCUUCCAACAAUGAAGAACCUGUUUCUUGUUCAGAUUCAGAUUCAGAUUCCGAGAAAACACUAAGCUCUUUACCUCUCCACAAGGCAGUUCGAAGCACUGAAAUGUAUUCUGUUGCACAGUGGGAUGUCUUCCGAAGACAGGAUGAACCGAAGCUUCUAGAAUAUCUCAAAAGACAUGCUGAUGAAUUUUCUUGUGCCAGUGAAUAUCACGGCAAGAAGAUGGUUCAGCCAAUUCUAGAUCAGAGUAUCUUUUUGGACACUGCUCACAAAAUGAGACUGAAGGAGGAAUUCAAUAUCGAACCGUGGACCUUUGUGCAACGUGUUGGAGAAGCUGUUAUCGUUCCUGCCGGAUGUCCAUACCAGAUUAAGAAUUCUAAGUGUUGUGUGCAUGUGGUAUUGAAAUUUAUGUCUCCUGAGAAUGUUGCGGAAUGUAUCCAAUUGACUGAUGAGAUCCAUUUGCUUCCUGAAGACCAUAUAGCAAAAGUAGACAUGCUGGAGGCAAGGAAAAUGGCUCUUAAUAGUGUGGAGACGGCGAUAAAAGAAAUACAUGAGCUCACUUCCAAUCCCAAAACAUGAUUGAACUUAGUUGAAAUAUAUUCUUAGAUAACUCCGGACUAUGUAGUUUUCUUUAUUUAUAGAUUUAUUAUCGAGUAUCGUUAAGAUCUAGCAAGGUACUUAAAUUGUUUAGUUUUUUUUACUUUAGGUGCUUCAGUUGGUUACUUUCAGAUUCUAUUCUUUUUUUUUUAGGAUUGUUGUGACAUAUACCUUAAAGAAUUUGAAAUAAAUAACUUCAUGGUUUAUAAAUA